AUGAAACAACCUUCUGCAGAUAUUCUUGAGAUGGAACAUGCAAUUGGAUAUAGUGGAAGAGUAUAAUUGAAUAUAAAUAUAAGAUACCUCGGAGUGUGAUCUUGCAUCCAAAUGGAGUUGAAUUCAUUUGCAUUGCUGGAGCAUCUUUAAUAAUAACUGAUUUAAGAGAUGCUCACAAAUAAUCAUUUUUAUAAGGACAUGAUGAUUAAAUCACAUGUUUAGCAGUUUCAAACAGAGGUGAAUUAGUUGCAUCAGGAUAAAAAGGAGACAACUCUGAUGUUAUUAUUUGGGAUUAUCAUAGAAAAAUUCAAAAAUAUAGAUUAUCAGAACAUGAUUAUGAAGUAGUAUGCGUAGAUUUUAGUCAUGAUGAUAGACUGCUCUUCUCAUCAGGCAACCCAAUGGAUAAAAGAAUAUUCAUUUGGGAUUGCUAAACAGGAUAUAUAGUAGGAUCAGUCAAUCACACACCUGAGCCAACUACAAUAGCAAGAUGGGGUGGAUUUGCUAAAGAUAUUAAAGGUAGAGAUACACCAAAGUAUCAAUUUGCGACAUCUGGAAAUAAAUAAAUAUGUUUAUGGAAAUUGGACCCUAAAUUAGGAGUGUUUGAGAAGGAAAUAAUCAAUACAGGAAAUUUGGUUAGAGAUUACAUUUGUAUGGAAUUUUCAAAAAAUAGAGAAGAGUAUCUUUUGUUAGGUACAACAUCAGGAGACUUUUGCGUAUUCUAGAUGAAAAAUAAGUAAUACAAUUAAUUAAUUAAAUAGAUUUUUCAGUCAUUAAAUUGUAGUGGCUGCUUUGGGAGUAAUGUCAAUAAGAUUCGUAGAUUUUACGAGGUUUAUAGUUGGAGCAGGCAAUGGUACUUUGGCAAUGUAUUAGAUCACAGAAGAUAAUAAAGUAUAAUAUUAAUAUAAAUUAGAUAAAUUAAUUACACAAAACUGAUUUAGGAGGAGCAGUUAAUUCAAUAACAGUAAGAGUAGAUGGUUUAGAGAGUUUGAUUUCAACAGAUAGAGGAUUGAUUUUUAGAUUCAACACAAACAGCUUUUAGAAAGGAUUACAUAGUGAAAAUCAUACUGGGUCUAUUUUGGAUAUGAGUUAUCCACCAGGAGUUUCUGAUAGAUUUGCAUCAGCUUCUGAAGAUGGAACUAUCAGACUUUGGGAUAUUAGUGAAUAUUAUGUGAUUGCUAAAUGUUAAGCCAAUGUUAAUGUUGUUCCAUUAAGUUUAGUUUAUAGAGAUGAAGUACUAUUAAGUGGAUGGGCUGAUGGUAAGAUUAGGAUGUUCAGAUCUGAUAAUGGUUAAUAAAUUUGGUAGAUUGAUAAUGCUCAUAAGACAGGAGUGACUACACUUUGCAUCUCGAAUAAUCUGAAAUUCUUCUGCAGUGGUGGAGGAGAGGGAGAUGUCAGAGUUUGGGAAAUGAGAACCAGAGAAAUGGUAUCACAUUUGAAAGAACACACUCAUAAAGUUACUAAAGUUAAAUUGAUUGCUAAUGAAACACAGUUACUGACUUCAUCUCGUGAUAGAGCUUUGUUGCAAUGGGAUUUGAAGACUGAAAAAAGAAUUAGUGCACAUAUUCAAAGAAUGGGUGGUAUUAAUUCAUUUGACACUGUCCCUAAUACUUCAGUUGUUUUUAGUACUGGAUAAGAUAGGAAAAUUUCACUUUGGGAUCUUAAUUAAAGUGAAGUUUAGAGAUAAUUUGAAACAAGUGGGAAUCCAAAAAAAGGUUAGAUUUUAUUUUAAUUUAAGGUGAUGAAUGUUAUUCAAUUUGUCUAUCCCCCAAUUUUAAAUAUGCUGUCACUGGAGGAUCUAAUUGUUCAGUCAAAUUAUGGGAUCUAUAGACGGGGUAGCAAAUCUCAGAAGGGUUUGGACAUUCUGGACCAGUCAAUACUGUACAAUUUGCUCCAGAUGGGAAAUAAGUCAUUUCAGGUGCUUAAGAUGGUGUUGUUAUUGUAUGGAAUGUGUUCAUAUGAC